AUGGCUUCAUCAAUACCCAAAGGUACAGCUACAGCUACAGCUACAGAAACGAGAACGAGAAAUGGGACGGAACGGGAAAGGGAAAGUAAAAGGGAAAGGGAAGAGAUAAUCACCGCGUGGCCGAGCUCGAAAGUGAAGAGCUUUGUGGCGAAUGAUGGGGUGGUGUUGAGGUAUUUCGAUUCGGAGGCUGGGGAUGCUGAUGAGGAGAGGAAUGAGGAGGGGAAGCCUUGGUUGGUUAUGAUCCACGGAUUCACAGGCAGCUCCCUCGUCUUCCAACGCAACAUCCCCUCCCUAACCCCACACUACCGCAUCAUCGCCCCAGACCUCCGCGGCCACGGCUCCAGCUCCAAACCCACCCACGGCUUCCACGUCAGCCGCCUCGCCACGGACCUCCACGAACUGAUCACCACCCUCUCCCCCUCCCUCUCCUCACAGCGCGCAUCCGGCCAGGAAACCCCACAACAAUGGCGCGCCAUAGGCGGUUCGCUAGGGUGCUCCAUCCUCUGGUGCUAUGCCUCGCUGUUCACCACUCAUCCUUUCUCGCAUAUGAUUUUCGUCGAUCAGUCACCACUGCAGAAUCGAGUGGGGGAUUGGGACCUAACGCAUUGUAAUCGCGGGAUGAAUUCCCUGUCUGCUCUUCUCGGUUUACAAUCUACUCUUGCGACUCAUCCGGAGACUGCGCAUAAAGGGACGAUACAAGCUUGUUUGGCGUACCGUGCGUUUCCUCUGGAUAGUGAUUUCCAGAGUGAGGAGGAGAGAAAGCAGGUUACGAGGGAGGAUGAGGAGUUCUUCCUUGGGGAGGCGAUGAAGGAGGGGCAGGAGUGGUAUGGGAAGUUGAUGGGGGAUCAUACGGCGUUGGAUUGGAGGGGGAGUAUUGCUGCUACUUUUGGGGCGGAGAGUAAGAGUCAGAGUCAGACGAAGGUUUUGGUCGUGGCGAGUGAGAGGAGUGGGUGUUUCCCUGCUGAAGGGCCGUUGUUUGUGGUGGGGUUGGUUAAUGGGGAUGUUGGGACUGGGAGGAGCGGAGAGGGGAGUUGUGUUGAGAAGAAAGAGGAGAAGAGAGCGAAGGGUGUGAGCGUGAAUUGGGGUGGGCAUUGGUGUUAUUGGGAGGAUCCGGAGAGGUUUAAUGGGCUUUGUUUGGACUUUUUGGCGGAUAGGGAGAUGGAUCAGAGCUUGGGACAGUGGGUUUGA